AUGUGUGCCCUGUUUGACCUUUAUCCUUUUGGAACUAAAUUUUGUUUUACCGCUUUCACAUACACACUGUUUCCCCUUCUUUCUAUCCGUCUGCGUUUUAUCGACAUAACGUCCGCACACUGCUUCGCGUACGUGUUAGGGCGCACUACAUCUUGUAGCACGAUGAUGACAAACUUGAAUGUGCGGACCAUUAAGGGCUGCUUCCCCGGUUCCUUACCUGAUGCACUCAACGACAUGUCCGUCAUCGAUCACAUUCUUUCCCUGACUGGACGCUUCGACGAGGGUCAGGCUGCGCUGGCGUCAACUGUCAACGUGGUUUAUGUUGGUACCGCGGUCUACGAUAUUCCACGCUAUCGUGAAGAGUACACGAAGAAUUUCAUAGCGCGCGGUUGCGGAAUAAGUGAGGUUUGCGUUGCAGAAGCGCGGUCGACCGGAGCGACACCGUGUGCAGCUGCUACCAUGGUUACGCCAGACCAGCUUCAGCACUUAGCGGAGGCACAUAUCAUUUUACUACCGGAGGGUAACACCCUUUUCGCUAUACGACGCUGGGAGGAAACGGGCCUCGAUGCGUGUCUCCGGGCAAGUGCAGCUCGUGGUGUUGUCUUAGUGGGGGGUGGUUGCUGCUUCAGGGCUGAACACAGCGACUCGGCAAACCCCAAAACAUGCGCACAGUACAUGUUGUCGCGGGAAAAUGAAGCGGAUUCAGGGCAGCCGGUGGAAAUGGAGGAAGGGGGUGCGAAGUGGGAGUACCUAUGCGUUCACGGCCUCAGUGUGUUGCCGGGUAUAUUCUGCCCCCAGCACAGCUCGCGUGACGCCACGGGUUUACUCUUGAAUGAAAGCUUUAGUAAGAUGCUGAAACGGCAUCCAACUGAGCGAGGGAUUGGUGUCGACUGCAGGGCGGUGCUUCUGCUGAUGGGUGACGGUCGGUACCAGGUGCUGACGAUAGCCAAUAGAGAGGGAAGAACUGCCUCCGUUAAGGACAUAAACAUCCAAAUAAAGGAUGUUGUCGAGGGAAAUGUGCAGACAACCACAAUUCAACAACAGGGAAGCGUAGAAGAACUGCUUCGAAAACCGUGUGGACCUGUCGUACGAGACCCCUUUGAGGCGUACUAUGCAAUGGCCAACCCAACUGCGCUAACAGAAAAGCUACUAUGUGCACCCAGGUGA